AUGUCCAUGUUCCGCAGGCCAGGAGAUUCCUCGUCAAGUUCGGGAACCUCUGAUGAUGAGAGCGAAUACGAGGAAGCAAGCGAAUCGCAACAGGAUAGCGUCCUGUCACGAAUCGAAACUCUGAGUUCCGCUACUUCUGGACAUCCGUCUCUUCAGCCCCAGCGGCCUCAUCUAGACGUUCGGCAAAACUCAGCACAAAACGUUCGAGAUUUGUUGUUCCAUUCAAUGCUUGAAAAGCAGACUAUCCAGCAAGCUGCGGAGCAACUAGGAAAGGAUCCAUCUGAUCCGGAAGUACAACGAGUAGGAAGAGACGCCUAUAAGGAGCUCGCUCGUCAGAUCUCCAACAAUGUAGACGACGCCUACGCGAGCGAUGAGAUGCAGGGUCACCGAGCAACUGCAAAUCAGGGAAUCCAUCGAUUGAUCCAGGGCAACCUUAGCAAACUUGCGCCAAUCCCCGAAGGAACUUCACAGGCGCUCGUCUCGCGACCAGGAACUGCGAUCCAUCCACCCUUACCUCAACAACCAUCUCUUGGCUUCGAUGUUAUGUCUGGUAUAUCAGCUCCCGUACAGCUGCAGCUACGUGGAUAUCCUCAUCUGCAAACGGACCGCUACAUCCGGGAGUUUUCGGAGCUCGAAAUUGUAGGGAAGGGCGGAUACGGCAAGGUCUUCAAAGCCAAACACAAACUAGAUGGCUCAUUGUAUGCUGUAAAAAGGAUACCGGUGAGCCCGUCCAGGGUUGCAAGAAUACAAGAGCAUGGGCCCGAAGAACUGGAAAGCAUGCUUGAGGAAGUUCGUUCGCUCGCUCGGUUCGAUCAUAACAACAUAGUUCGGUAUCACAACGCUUGGCUGGAGUUCACCACAAUACCGGCAGACCCUGUGACCGCGCCGGAAGUCACGAUGCUACGCAACGACCGUCUUUUGGAUGAUAGACCCGCAUUUCCGUCAGUUUCACCGGGCUCAGGAGAUCUGCAUUCUCAGCUAGAUAGCCUGACAAUGGACAAUCCCUUCGCAAGUACCGAACACAGCAAUAGCGCGGGAAUCAUAUUUGAGUUUAGCGAAUCUGAACAGCAAGUGAACGAGACCAGGAGCGAGAGCGUUCAUACGUCAUACAAGGAGACUUUGAAGCAGACAAGACGCACGAAACGUCGGGGUAGCCAAGCAAGCCAGACCACGAUAGCUACAGUAUCGUCGACAAAGUCCAGGAUGAGCGCUGUGGAGGACGUUGACGAAGAAGAAGAUGACGACGUUGAAAAUAUACCCAGAUUACACAUGCCGUAUUCUCAGGAGUCGCAUUCCGAGAUGUCAGACAGCAUGAUAUCGAACAGCGAUGCGCCCCGCCACUUGAUUCAAAACCAGACCCUUGGACCAGUCCUCACACUGAAUGUGCAAAUGAGCCUUUGCGAAACUAACCUUGCCGCUUUCCUCUCUUCCGAUCAACAUCCCACCGCACACGCAAUCGAACAACAUUGUUUCCACCCCUGCGUAUCGCUGGAGUUACUAGACAACAUCGUUUCCGGAGUCGAAUACCUCCACGCACAAGGCGUAGUUCACCGCGACCUCAAACCAGCUAACGUCUUCAUAUCGCUCUCACGAGCGCGCCACGCCCCAUACGGCUCUGUCAACGUUUCAAGCUGCACUACGUGCCCGAAGCGUGAUCACCUACACAUGACGCCGCGCAUCGGAGACUUCGGGCUUGUCGCGGCGCUGAGCGACAGCUGCACUGUAUCGGAUACCUUCAAGCCCGUGGGUACGGAGUUUUACCGUCCCCACACAGGCAGUGGUAUCAACGAGAAGCUCGAUGUCUUCGCUCUGGGUGUCGUAGCGUUUGAGAUGAUUCAAAAAUUCGACACUCGCAUGGAGCGGAUAUCAGCGCUGACGGAGCUACGCCGCGGAGUCUUCCCUGAUGGCUUCGCGCAAGGUCUGGGUGAUGUGGGUGACGACGUGCAGCAACUGAUCAGCGACAUGGUGCAAGGAGAGGAAGGGAAGCGGCCAGGAUGUGAAGAUGUGCGGAUUGAGAUUCAGAAGCUGGUACGUGCUUUGAAGAUGUGA